UCAUAUUAAAGGGAGAUCGGCUUACACACGCUCCAGUAUGGAUUCCGUAAGCUUUGUAACGCUGUGGCUAUAUAUAAAGCCCAGCGCUGGAAAGUGAAGUACACAGACAGCUGCGAUAGUAGCAAGCACUUCACAUUUGCAGGGCGCUCGCAAUCUGAAAGCAAGGGAGACCUGUGUGCUCAGCUUUGAGUAAGUUUUAUUUAUGAGAGGCUCAUAUAUUGAUAUUAAUAAAUAUAGAUAAAUAGAUACAGGAAAAAAAAAGGGUAAAUAGAUAUAGGAAAAAAAGAACAAUUAGAAGAACAAUUGGGAGGGAAAGAUAGAAGCAAUUACUCAACGCCAUGGCUCUGCCUUUUGAUCAAGCGGAGGAACUGCGUCUCUACCAGCAAACCCUUCUCCAGGAUGGACUCAAAGACAUGUUGGACCACAGUAAGUUUCUGGACUGUGUCUUAAAAGUCAAGGGGAAGGAGUUUCCCUGCCAUCGGCUGGUGCUGGCAGCUUGCAGCCCGUACUUCCGGGCCAUGUUCCUCUCGGACAUGGAGGAGAGCAAGAAGAGGGAGGUCAGUUUGGAAGAUGUUGAUCCGGAUGUCAUGGGCAAGAUCCUCCAUUAUAUCUACACCUCUGAGCUGGAGAUCACAGAGCAGAACGUGCAGGACAUCUUCUCCGUGGCCAACAUGUUCCAGAUCCCCUCCAUCUUUACCGUCUGCGUGUCCUUUCUGCAGAAGCGGCUCUGCCUCAGCAACUGCUUGGCUAUCUUCAGACUGGGCUUGAUGCUGGACUGUGCCCGGCUCGCUGUAGCAGCUCGGGAUUUCAUCUGCGACCGCUUUGCACUGCUCUCCCGGGAUGAGGAGCUCUACCAGCUCUCCCCAGAUGAGCUCAUUGCCAUCAUCUCCAGUGAUUCCCUCAACAUUGAGAAGGAGGAGACAGUCUUCGAAGUGGUGAUGAAGUGGGCAGGGACCAAAGACCGUGAGAGCCGGCAGAAAGCCCUACCUGUUGUCUUUGAAAGCAUCCGCUUCCGCCUCAUGCCUGAAGACUACAUCAAGGAGCACGUGGAGAAGCACGCCACGGUGAAGUCCAGCCCAGAGCUGCUCAAGAAACUGCAGAUGGUGAAGGAUGCCCAGCAAGGCAAAUUCACUGUGGUGAAAAAGAAGAAAGUAAAGAAAAGCAGCGAAAAGCAAGCAAAAGACAAUGUUGUCAAUGGAGCAGUAGAUGAGGAAGAAGAGACAGAGGAGGAUGCCCUUCCAGGGAUCUUAAAUGAUACAAUGCGCUUUGGGAUGUUCCUCCAGGACCUCAUUUUCAUGGUGAGCGACAGUGGAGCAGUGGCCUAUGAUCCCACCGCCAACGAGUGUUAUUUUGCCUCCAUGUCUGCUCAGAUCCCAAAGAACCACAUCAGUCUGGUGACCAAAGAAAACCAGAUCUUCAUUGUGGGAGGACUGUACUACAAUGAGGAUAACAAAGAGGACCCCAUGAGUUCCUACUUCCUACAGCUGAAACUUUACAUAGACAUGGAAAAACAGUGGUAUGAUAAACACUUGGAUCACAAUGUCAGUGCAGCAACAUUCAGAGCCACAUUUCUCCUGCUGAAGCCAGGAGAGAUAGGUCAGGGACAGCUUAGACUUCAGGACAGACACUGCCUCGCAUCAUCUGGUGACCCCGACGUGAUCGCCCUCAGUCGAGCACAGAAAAUGGGCUGCUGA